CGGAAAAAGUACUCGGUGAAGACUUCAGAAAUCCCGGGGCGCGGGAUAACUUCCCCGCAAUCCUUCUCCGCACACGGAUGACCCUUUCGUAUGCAGUCCAGGAACCUGCAGAGAUAACUAAGGUUUCUCAUACUCUGUAGUCGUGGAAGAGGGACAGACAAAAAGAUAGAAAGGCAGAGAGUUGUUUUUCUCUUGUGCCACCGGCAUAUCAACCCUCUAUACCACCAUGACCCGGCUUCCAGAUUUAGAAGAGGCCCUCCCGACACACCACGGGCUGUUCUACGGCGGCAAAUGGCAUUCACCAUGCCAGAAGCAGUAUCGCGAGACCUUCAACCCGGGGAACGGCAGCGUCAUCACCUCCGUCGCGCAGGCUGAUCAUGAGGAUGUCGACGCGGCCGUCCAAGCGGCUGCGGAGGCGUAUCCUGCCUGGCGUGCAAUCACACCGACACAAAGAGCAGGAUACCUGCGCAAGGCGGCCGAGGUAAUUAGAAAGCAUGCGACAGAGCUGGCGCUGAUUGACGCACUCAACACGGGCAAUCCCAUCGCGGAGAUGCUCAGCGAUGCUAACGUGGCUGCAGCCAACCUCGACUAUUUCGCCGGCCUCAUCCCCAUGGUGAAAGGCGAAACAAUUCCCCGAGAGAACGACCAGUUCCAUUAUACGCUGCGUGAGCCUUUAGGCGUUGUAGCCCGCAUUGUCGCGUAUAACCACCCUGUCAUGUUUGCCGGAGGCAAGAUCGCAGCUCCAUUGGCGGCAGGCAAUACAGUCAUCGUCAAGCCGCCUGAACAGGCGCCAUUGUCGUGUUUGCGCCUGGCAGAGAUUCUCGCCGACGUUUUCCCCCCAGGCGUUUUAAGUAUUCUGCCUGGCAGUGUUCCCUGUGGCCAGGCGUUGUCGACGCACCCACUCGUGAAGAAGAUCACAUUGAUUGGUAGCGUGCCGACAGGCAAAGCAAUCCAACGCUCUGCUGCAGACACACUGAAACCCACCCUGUUCGAGCUGGGAGGGAAGAACGCCCUGCUGGCGUUUCCAGACGCUGACAUCGACCGACUUGUGGACGGAAUCACUCGCGGUAUGAACUUCACCUGGGCUGGACAGUCAUGUGGCUCGACCUCGCGCGUCUUCUUGCAUGAGUCUCAUCAUGACGAGGUCGUUCUGCGUGUGUUGGAACGCAUUCAGGCGCUGUACAAGCCUGGUUUACCGACUGAUAUGGCGACAACUAUGGGCCCUGUAAUCAGCAAGGCCGCCCAGGAGCGUGUUCUGGACUUUAUCGCCAGCGGAAAGCAAGAGGGCGCCCACCUCGCCCUAGGCGGCGGCAUUCCCACUGGCAACGCAGCCAUCGAGGGCGGAUACUUUAUCAAACCGACCGUUUUCACGAAUGUCCAGCCACAUAUGCGUAUCGCACGCGAGGAGAUAUUUGGGCCUGUCAUGUCUGUCUUCAAGUGGAAGGAUGAGGAGGAGGUCCUGCGUCAGCGGACAGUGGGAAAGAUUGAUGCUGGCUUUAUCUGGGUCAACCAGGUAGGCAGACACUUUCUAGGGGUGCCAUUCGGGGGGUAUAAGGAGUCAGGGGCUGGAAGAGAGGAGUGUCUGGAAGAGCUGCUGUCCUUCACGCAAACCAAGAGUGUCAACAUAAGCCUAGCAUAAUUCAUCAGUUCGAAAUUGUUCCGGAUGCCUCACCAUCUGGCUCUUUGGCUGUAUCUUAUAGGAUACCUGCUUCCUGGAGGUUUUUCUCGCCUUCUCCUUGGGCUCAUUUGUCUGUCUCGCCAGCGCCUCGGAGUCGCUCUCUCCCCUCUUCCCAUCUUCCCCUGUAGUGCUCCCACUUCAAGUCGGGCAGCAGCAAAAAGAGGGUGUCAAUGGUGGUUUUCUGUCAACUUACCCCUUAGCCUGGGAUUAUGG